GUUCAUUUUUCCCCCUCGUUUUGAGAACCCCACUAGUCUUGUCUCCUAGUAUUUCAUGAAGUAAGAGAUUAAGGUUGAGUGAAGAAAAAAACUGUCUUUUUCAAUACUCCUACUUUCUUUUUCCUUCUUGAGGAAGCCAUUGGCAGAAAUUUGAGAUCGGUUUUAGGUGAUUGAGUUGAUCAGAGGCAAAAUGGAAACUUCUAGAGGGUUUUGGGCUUCUUUGUGGAACUUCCUAUGUUUCUUGCCCUUCUUCAUUGGCCUCCUCAUUCUUGGUUCCAUUAAAGGUAUCAUAAUGUGUCCAAUAAUACUUCUCAUAGUGACAGUAGGAAUUUCUGGGAUAAUAUUACUACUUUGGCCUAUGCACUGUUUCUACACAUAUUAUUCCAUUCUAAGCACAAAACAGUUUGGCCCAGCUUUGAAGCUCCUAAUCUGCAUAUGUUUAGCUGUUAUCUUAAUUUCAUGGCCACAGAUCGGCAUUGCCUGCAGCAUUCUAUCCGGGGCAGCAUACGGCCUCUUUGCCCCGAUUCUUGCCACUUUCCGUGCAGUUGAAGAAGGGAAGACGAGCAAAUUCUCCCACUGCAUUUGUGAUGGGACUUGGAGUGCUGUGGAGGGGAGCUUCACUAUGAUCAGGGAUUUCGCAGAUGUUUGCUACCAUUCCUACUUCUCAAUCAUGGAUGAUGUACGCCACGAAGAGGGAAAACGCUAUGAUAUCCGGUUGCUGCACGUUCCUCUAGCUCUCGUUGCUGGAGUUGUGGGCGUGGCUGUGGACCUGCCUGUGAUCUCGACUCUGGCCUUGUGCAAGAGCCCGUAUAUGCUCGUGAAAGGGUGGCAUCGCUUGUUGCAAGACUGCAUUGGCCGUGAAGGACCGUUCUUGGAGACUAUAUGUGUGCCCUUUGCAGGGCUCGCAAUCUUGCUCUGGCCGUUGGUCGUGGCUGCAGCUGUUGUCUGCUCCAUCUUGUCGUCUGUCUUCUUGGGCGCUUAUGCAGCUGUGAUCGUGUAUCAGGAGAGCUCACUCUGGUUUGGACUGUGCUACAUUGUUGCCUCGGUGUCUAUCUACGACGAAUACAGCAACGACGUUCUUGACAUGCCCGAAGGGUCAUGCUUCCCUAGACCGCGUUACAGAGAGAAGGCCUCUCCGCUGCCAACUUCUCUGUCAACUCGAAACCCGCCUUCUCCUACGGCUUCCCGGAUGCUCGAUUUGAAGCCUCUCGAGCAGCUAGCUGAUGCCUUGUUCAAGGAGUGUCGGCGUCUGGGUGAAGUUUUAGUGUCCGAGGGCACGAUAAAACUGACCGAUAUCGAAGAGGCAAAGAGCCGGAGAGACCGUGGGAGAAUGCUGACCGUUGGAUUGCCUGCUUACUGCAUUCUUCAAACACUUCUAAGAUCAGCUAGAGCUGAUUGUGGUGGCAUUUUGCUGAGUGACGACGUGGAAAUAACGUCUUCGAAUAGGCCUAAAGACAUGUUUUAUGAGUGGUUUCUCAAGCCUUUGCUGAUCAUCAAGGAGCAGAUCAAAGCUGUUAGCCUCUCUGAGAUGGAAGAGCAAUACUUGGGUAAGUUAGUUCUGUUUAGUGGUGACGCCGUCGGGCCGGAGCCGGAGCCCGAAUCAGAAGUUAAACGAGCCGAGCUCGAGGCUCUAGGGCGAAGGCUUGUUGGGAUCACCAAGUCGAUAUCGAGAUACCCGACUUUCAGACGCCGGUUCGAUCAGAGCAUGGGGGCCGUCUUAGCGCAGCUCGGUAAGAAAUCGGGCGGCGGUGGACUGAGGAGAUCGACGAGCAUGUUCACGCGUAUUUUUACGUGGAAACGCGGCCGUGAAUCAGGUCAAGAAGAUCCAAUCCGACGGUGUAGAAAUGAAUUUUCACUCAAUUCUUGAUUUGUUACUCCUUAAACCACGUUUGGUUUCGAUUGAAUUAUCAGCUUCAUCUCGUAUUUCAUUUCA